AUGUAUCAGAAACAAAUAUCCACAGAAAAACCGAAGCAAGAUGCUAACAUGUCCAAGAAGCUUGUGCUUCGGUCUUACCGUGGUCAAACUGUUCAGUCUAAGAUUAAUUCAUUUAGAAAGCCCCUACCAGUCAGAGAUGAGAGUUCUGCAGCAACAAAGAAACUUUCAGCUAAUCCUAAAGCCCCAGAUCCUCUGCCUGCAGACACCUGCAGUUUGACAGUGAGAAGUGACACAGCCCCAAACGUGAUGACCACCACUAGACUUGUGAGCACUGCCUCUCAAGACAGACAGCUGGUGUGGCCUCCUAUCAGAAGUCACGGCAAUAGUGCUUGGGACCUUGUGAAACAAGGCAUCAGGAGAACUGCUGCCAAUGUUACAAUCCAGAAAGGGCCUCAGGAGAAGGAAUUACUGCAAUCAAACACAGUUUCAUCUAGAGCCAAAACCAGUUCUCAGGAUGUAGAGAGAAAGAAGACACUGUCAAGAAACCUGACGUCUGAAAUUGUAGCCAGGCCUGCUUCAUCUUCUAACUCCAGACUGAUUCAGAAGCCAAAAAGCAUUGACUCUCACAGACACACUAUAGCAAAAGCAACUAUUGAUAGAUCAACUCAGCCCAAAGAAACAGCAGAAGAAAGAAAAGCUUGUCUGAGUGAGUGGAAAGCUAGCAAAAGAAAAGUGCUGAAAAGCCCUCCUAGCUCAGGAGUUACCCAGCCUGAAGGGCGAAAUGAAAACUCAGUUGGGUCCUUUUGGACUACCAUGGUAGAAGAAGAUGAACAAAGAUUAUUUACUGAAAAUGUGAACAAGACAUUUUCUGAAUGCCUAAACCUGAUUAAUAAGGGGUGCCCAAAAGAAGAAAUAUUAGUCAUACUGAAUGACCUGAUUAAAAAUAUUCCAGAUGCCAAAAAACUUAUUAAGUAUUGGAUAUGCCUUGCACGUAUUGAACCACUCACAAGCCCUAUUGAAAAUAUUAUUACAAUCUAUGAGAAAGCUAUUUUGGCAGGGGCUCAGCCUAUCGAAGAAAUGCGACACGUAAUUGCAGAUAUUCUAACAAUGAAGAGUCAAGAAAAAGUCAAAUAUGGAGAAAAUGUUGAGGCUUGUGCAACCAAGGAAUACAUCCAGGAUGUCAGCAGUGAAGAUAUAGGUGUUAAUCUAGAGUCAGGAAAACCAGAAAUGGAAAAGAAACCUAGAAAUGUGGUAUUUCAAGAUGACAGAAAAGAGCAAGAUGACAAAACAAAAGAUCUAACCAAUGAUGUUAAAACUCCUAGUGCAGAAACUGGGGGGGGGGGGGUUUGCUUAAUUAAAUAUAAUGUGUCUACUACACCAUACCUACAAAGUAUAAAAAAGAAGAUACGGUUUGACAAUACAGAUUCUACAUUUAAAGAGCUAAAGUUUCUAACACCAGUUAGAAGUUCUCAACGUAUUCAAGAGAAGACUUCUAAAUUGCCAGAUAUGUUAAAAGACCAUUAUCCACGUGUCUCUUCACUGGAGCAGUUAACAGAGUUGGGAGGUGAAACUGAUGCUUUUGUAUGGCGUCCUAACACAGCCCUAUGCCUGAUGUACUCAGAGACUGGAACAGCACAAGAGAAAUAA